CCACCGAGCACUCAACCUGGUCUGAAGAGGGAUCGCAACUUGAUGCCACCACCCAGUACUCAACCUGGCCUGAAGAAUGGCCGUCACUUGAUGCCACCACCUUCCACACAACCUCGAGUUGUAUCUGGCACAAAGAGGAAGCAGCUGGAUGAGGUCUUGGAGUUCUCCGACAGUGAGAUUUCAGAGUUUCUAACGGAUGACGACAUUAUGGAGGUCGACGGCCCGGACGAUGAAUUGGACACAUAUAUCAAGCCAGAGCCAGGUUUGAACGGUAAGGCUGCACGCACUACAGCCUCGACUUCUGUGACCACCACUGCUCGCGAGGCUCCAGCUCCUCCAUCGAAGAAGGCAAAACACGAGAAGAACAUCAAACUCGAAGGGAAUAUCAAAUCCGAAGGGGCAUCUACUGUGCCACCUGGCACCUGGGUGGAGCCGUUGUUGAAGGCGCGUUCGUCUUAUUUGAACACGGACCUCCCACCAGGCUGUCAUGAAGACGGAAAAUGGGCUCGAGUAUUCAUACCGACGAUCUUGCUGUGGCUUGGCGCACAAGAGGAACUCUGGACUAUUGCUGACAUUAAGCUGCUUGAUGCAUGCAAAGAAAUUUUCAAGGUCGUCUACGGGGAUAUUUGCUACAAUCUUACCAUAUCAGGGUCCGUUUUUGGUGUUGUCACACAACGUAUUGGCGAAUGGCGCAGCAACUUCGGGUCUACAGCACUUGCCCUCGCGGUUAAUUUCUGUGUCGCCAAUCAAGAUUCAGCGCCAAGGGAACUUUCGACUCUCCUCCUCCACAAAUAUGCAUUUUUAUACCCUAACCCUGAAAAGAUUGACAAGGAUGAGACUUUCCAUUCUCCAUUUGUCCAAGAGCUUCUUGCUACUGCGCAUCUCGCUAAAAUCUUGGGACACGCUGACGUUCCUGUUCUCCGCACUGACAGCUUGGUUAAAAAUGGUUUCAUUGGGGCCCUGGGCUUGUGUGCGGUCUCGCUCGAACGUGCUUUCACUCUUCUCUCUGAUAGCACUGUCACUCUUGACAGCGAGGAGAACUUGGGGCUGCCGAUCAAUGUGCGGAAAGCUCGCCUCAAGACACCCAAGACCUUCAACAGAGCUACUGGAAAGGAGACGACUUCCGAACACGCAUUCUCAGUUGCUAAAUGGAGCUCCAAGACUGCUGCAUUUGUAUGCGGGGCGAAAAAGAAGGGCACGGCGGCAACAGAGCUCACCGUCUCGAUGGCGUGGAAGGUUCUGAAAAAGCCUGGUUUCGAGAAAUACACUGGCAAUGACAUGUCCGACGAGGAUGACGAUCGCGCAGACAUUUGAUAUGCGAGCCUCACGCCUCUGGUCGAUGUCUCCUCGUUAGGACAUUUGGAUAUAUUAUUUUGUGCUUUGCGCUUGCAAUUUUCACCGUUUGGAACCGCUCAUUCGUUUUGCUCUUCCUCACUCGUCUUUUAACGUGUUUUAUCGUGUUUCCAUGCCUUCGUCACUCGGUUUGCUCUUCUUCACUGGUCUUUUAUCAUAUUUCCACGCCUUUGUCACUCUUUCAGCUGCUCUUGAUUGUCUCCUAAUGCUUCUUAGAUCCCCUUUAAUGUUGUUCACGAUUCUGUCCCUAUCACCCAUUUUCCGCUUAUGUUCCCUUUCGCACCCUUUUUGGUGGUUUUAUCACACAUUUUACAGUGACUUGCAAUGGACUUGUGUCGAGUUUUUGUGCCUUACA